AUGGGGUUGGACGUUGGUUUAAAAGGAAGAAUUGCUAUGGUUUUAGGUGUGAUUAAAGGAGUCUUUCACAUUGCAUUUAUGCCGACAAUAUUAUAUUUAGGAUUUUCUCAGGGAGCUGGACCUGGAAUGCCGCCUUUAACAUUACUAAAUCUCUUGUGGCAAUGA